AAUGAUGAUGAACUCUCUGUUGAUGAUGACGAUAAUGGAUUAAUGGAUGAACUUCAAACAGAUAUUGAAGUAUUUAAUUUUUCAAAUAUGUUGAAUCUUGAAGAAUAUAUUAAUUAUUCAGGAAAUUUUGAAACUGGCCACGAAAAGGAAGUUGAUAGCAUGGAAAUAUAUCCAAUUAGUCAUCAAGAAGCAUUAAACGCAAUAGAAAUACUUGAACAAUAUAUUGUGCAGAAAGAUUUUAGUAAAACAGCCCAAUUUGAACAUAACAAUGCCUUAUUAAAAUUACAAAAAAAAAUAAGAAAACUUUGCAUUGCAGCUUUCAAACAAACAAAUAUUGAAAUGUUAAAGAAGGAAAGCAUUGGCAAAGAUCUUUAUAAUAAUACUAACCUUAA